AUGAGCCUGCAGAGCACUGUGGCGAAACAGUUGCUGCGGCAGUCCACGCUGCAGCCGCGACUGAAGCUUCCGGCCGGUAGGAUUGUGUCGCUGGAGGAGGGUCGACGUUUGGCGCGCCUGGUGCACGAGGAGGAGGAACACACAGCUGCUGCCAAUGUGGGUGCUGUUGAGAAUCGCUCGCUGAGUACCCCCGUCGUUCUGGAGGAGCAGGUCUCAAAGCGCAUCUUGCUGCUGCGGCGGAAGAGUAAUAAGGCCGCCAACGUCAAGGCGGCUGUCGCCUACGCUCAGCGCAGCAAGGGGCCAAGUGCAGUGGAAAAGGUUGGCAGUGAGGUGCGGGACAUUGCAGUUAAGUUGCUGCGCAAAGAUGGGUCAGCCCGUGGUGCAUUGAAGCAACGCCACAGUCGCGGUAACGGUGCAAAGAAGCGAAAGGGGACGUCACAUAAGUGA